UCUAAAGAACUAGUCCAUUCGGGAAGCUUCUUGCUCGGGCAGAGAUUCAUUGACAUUUCCAUCAUGCCCAAGUUCGAUUUGUGACGGCAGGGUCAGCCUCCGGCGUCCCCGAUAAUCUAAGUCACGUUUCCGUGCAGGUGGGCACUGUCGGCCCUUCUUGUCGCCGGUGCGCCAUGGAGGUGUUCUUCGGCGCCGCCGUCUUGGUGCUGUGCUACGUCUUCCUCCGUCUUCUCAACCUUAGCAACGGGCCGGCUCCUCCCACCCUGUACUACCGCCCCUCCGACCUGAACCAGUUCCUGCUGCAGUCCGUGCCGCUUCUCACCUUAAGAUAUACUCCACCUAUAUUGUGGGGCAGAAAUGGGCACCUCCAGUCAAUAAUCCACAGUUUAUUUGGCCCCAGUCGCUCCAAAGAAUCCCGUACAGGGGAAUGCUUCUCAGUCCAGUUGGAAGAUGGCUCUACCCUCACCUACACCCUGUACGACACGUCCAAGCCCCACCCUGCAGGAGACAUCACCAUCGUCGUCUGUCCCGGCUUCGGCAGCUCAAAUCGUUCCAAGUACAUCCAGGCGUUUGUCAGCCUGGUGAGCGACCAUGGUUACAAGGUGGCUGUGCUUGACCACCUAGGGACCACGGACAAUCCGCUGACGGCUCGGCGCAUCUUUACCUAUGGGGAGACCGGGGAGUUCAGGGCCAUGGUGGACGACGUAAUGAGGGAAAACCCGGCGACGCGCCUUAUUGUCGUGGGGUUCAGCAUGGGGGCCAACAUCGUGUGUAAAUACAUGGCAGAGGGGCGGCCGCACAAUGGCAACGUGAUCUGCUGUGUUUCUGCAGGGCAGGGCUACGACGCCGUCCGGGGGAGCAAUGUGCUGAUGGAGUGGACCGGCUUCAGGAGAGCGUACAACUUCGCCAUGGCGCAGGGGCUGAAGACCAUCCUCCAGCGGCACAGCUACGUCCUCUUCCGGGGAAACAGCGACUUCAACCUCAGUGCCAUCCAGUCGGCGACGUCACUGCAGGAAAUCGACCUGGCCUACACCCUCCAGGCUGGUGGCUUCUCCAGUCUGCACAGCUACUACCGCCACUGCAGCUGCAAAUUCACUAUGCAUAAGAUAAGCGUGCCCACCCUCCUUGUAAAUGCCCUUGAUGACCCCCUAAUUCCCGAAGAUAUGCUGGACGUCCCGUACAACUAUGCAAUGAGUCGAGACAACGCGAUGUUUGUGCUCACUCGCCACGGAGGCCAUCUUGGUUUCUACAGCGGCGGUUUCAUCAUUCCUGACUCGGAGACCUGGCUGCACAGGCUCCUGCUGCAGUACCUGGAUGCAAUGUCAAAUCUGGCUAUAGAGCAGUCCAAAGUUAAUGCUAGCACAGAGAGUCUCUUGGACUCAUCUCAAGUGUAUGAAAACCCGUCUUUGUGUGCCUCCUCCAGUGUAGGGACGCCAAUAGACUGAUACCUCCCCUCCCCCCAGAAGUUUCGAAGACUACACUUGUAUAGGGGGUUACUUUACCUUGGAAGCUAGACUGUUAACAUAGACAUGAUUUACACGCGGGCAAAAACCUGACAGCACAAGCAUACAAAAACUGCUCCUUUAAAGCAGGCUAAUUUACAUGCAGGAAAAAUCUGCAGUCUGUGUGCUUACACAGUUUUUGUACGUCAGAUUUUUGCUCAUGUGUGUGAAUUGGGUUUCAUCAUAGCACAGGUUAGCUCCUCGGCUGUCUAAUUGCUAACAAGGUUUUCCCUGGGGGACAAGCAGAUCUUCCUUGGCUGCCUGUUAGCCCAGGGACGGUCAAAGAGCUGGCCUGUAUAAGCCCUGAUAAUCUGUCUUCCUGGGUU